AUGGCAUUAAACUGGGCUAUGAUCGCUUCUGACGGGAAGACUCCUGUCCCUCUUCCCGGAGAAAAAUAUCUUUUUAGUCAAGAAAAGGUUGUUUUUGAAUUAGAUCUAGGCGGCGGGUAUCCUGGAAAUCCAGGAACCUAUAAAGCCGAUGGAAAUAUUUUUAUCACAAAUCAACGAAUCAUAUUCGUUUCCCAACCAUCUCUAUCUUACUUCAAAUCCCUAAGCAUACCUAUUUUGAAUAUGAAAGAAGGGAAACUUCAACAACCUUGGUUUGGUGCUAAUUAUUAUCAAGGUCUUGUUAUUCCGGUUCCGAAUGGUGGUCUUCCUUCUCCAGGUCAAAUGAAGAUUACCUUCAAAGAAGGCGGUGGUGUCGAUUUUAGCACUUGUCAUAGAGAAUUAAUAUUAAGGAUGGCAGAGAAUGAAGGAUCUGCCGCCGUCGAGCAUGUAGAACCUUUGCCGAUUUAUACACCACAAGAGAAUUCCUCAACUUCAUCAACGGCACAGACUACAUCUUUCGACCCUUUAGCGGCGACAUCAUCUAUUCCUCCAACAGCAACAACUAGCCCUUUAAGGUCAAGAGUAUCAUCACCACCAGUUGCUCCCGAAGAAUUGCCACCUAGUUAUGAUGAUGCGAUAAAUCCAUAA